AUGGCCAAAUCCCCGCCAGACGUGGAAAAGAAAGCCGACGAUUCCAAGUCACCACCAGUCUCAUCCAAUGCAGCAGCCCCUCCCAAGCAAUCAACAUCAGAUUUGAAGCAGGAAACACCGGUAAAGAACGAAAUAUCUAAUGCAGGUCCUCUCGGCCCUCCACCUAGACCUGGAGCUGCCUCUACACAACCACCGCCAGAGACCCCUGACUACUUCUCUGUAGCUCACGGUCACAUAUCCACCGAAGCAAACCCCUUCGAAGCUUCCUUUGCUUUCGGUUCGAAUGGUGGAACAAUUCAGACACCUGGCGGGACAAAACUUCCUUCUGUUGCUGCAUUGACAUCACCAGCUGGUAUCUUAGGUGGCACUGGAACAACCCCUAAUUUCUGGGGAAGUCUGCGUGCAGGACCUUUAAGCCCUGCUAUGCUGUCGGGACCACAGAAAGAAGAUUACUUUGGUGACGGGCAUCAUCUUCGCGGCGGCUUCCCUACUCCCAACGAAUCAGGUCUUCGAUCUGGUCUCACACCUGGCGGCGGUGGAUCUAUGUUCCCUGAGCCCAGUCCCAAUACUCAAGCGCUAUUCAGUCAACUUGCAAGUGGUGGUGCAACCCCCACCACUCUUGACUUCCACCGUACUGCUAUAACCGCCGCCAACGCUCAGAAGCAAAACCAGCCACAACAGAAUAUUACCUCACAACCACAAGAGGUAUCUAACGGAAUGGAAAAGCCCACAGCACCUGGCCAAUUUGAUCAGCACGACGCUGCCGACGCUGCCAACGGCCUUUACCUCUUGGCUCGUCAAUCGAAUAACCGCAACAGUGCUCCUCAGCCACCAAAUCAUUACGCAAUGGCUCCUCAAAUGAAUGUACACGCUCACCCUCAACCAAAUGGCCACAUGGGUGGCCAGUCUUCGGAUCCCUCGCCUCACAUGAGGAACAAUGGAUCAAUUAGCACUACUUCAGGACGUGGCGCUAGCGAGAUGAGCGAUGAAGGCGACCAAAAGGGUCCCACUACACGUGGAAAGAACAAGAAAGGCUCUACUGCAAACAAUCAAACUAAUGGACGAAGAAAAUUGAAUGAGACUCCAGCAAAGGGUCCAGCAAAUAAGAAAGCUAAAGGCAACAAUGGAAACGCCAUGAUGUCGGAGCCUCAGUCGGAGGAAGAACCCGAUAUGAGCAAAGAUGAGUACAAUGCCAAUGGCAAGAAGAUGACCGAUGACGAAAAACGAAAGAAUUUCCUCGAACGAAAUAGGGUUGCGGCAUUGAAGUGUCGACAACGUAAGAAGCAAUGGCUCGCAAAUUUGCAAUCCAAGGUCGAACUCUUUAGUCAAGAGAAUGAUCAACUGAGUCAGCAAAUCUCAGGUCUUCGAGAAGAGGUCGUCAAUUUGAAGACCAUUCUUAUGGCCCACAAAGAUUGUCCGGUGUCUCAACAACAAGGCAUUGGCGGUAUGGGCAUGCAACAGUUCAUCGAAGGCUAUGGUAGUCAACAGAUGAACCCUUACGGCAUGGCUGGCAUGGGCGGUCCUCCGGUCAUGGGUCCAGGUCCGGGCAUGCAGCCUGAGCGACGAUUCUCAUAA